AUGAGUCUGGACGCUGGCGGUCUUGCUCAAAUGACCUACAAUAACUCUUUCAAUAAUGGCAGUUCCCUCGGUGUGCCUAGCUCUGGCUUUGCCUCCCGGGGGAAAGGCUCCCACAUCAAGCGGCUGAGUGUUCCUCCUCAAGUGGCUACCAUCGACGAAUCCCAGCCCUCCGUCUCUACGCCGCGUACAAGUCGCUCUCAUCUUUUGGCUGGGUUGCGUACCGCACCCCGGUCUGCGACCAUUCCCUCUCAGCAGCAGCGUAGUGCCAUGGAGGGUGGUCGAUUCCCCGUUCCAAACCGGAGUGAUCGUGUUCCCCAGACUGCUACGGGAGCUGGAUUCCCGCAGCACACAUUCGCUUCUAAUCAGGGUAUGAACCCGCGCCACCGGAACCAGACCCAGAACCGUCCUAUGUACACCAUGCCGGAGCAGGUGCUCGCACCUCCGUUGUUGGAUAUGGGAAACGGCGAUGUGAUGGAUGAGAAUCUGUACGCAGAGCUGAUGUCGACCAAUCUCUUUCUCGCGGCACAGCAGCAACGCCUGCAACAGCAAUUGAUGAGUGUUACCGCUGCUGCGCAGCAAUUCCAAGGACUCACCUUGGGAGCAAGUCUUCCUCAUCUGCAGUUGCAGCAUCAGCAACAGCAGCAGGUCGUCUCGCCCUCCAUGGCCAGUGCUGGAUUCUACCAGCAACAGCUCCAGCAGGGUGUUCAGCCGGUUGUGCAGCCUGUUCCAGGCCAACCUGGCUUGUUCUCCGUGUACAAUCCUCUUACAGGCCAGCAGAGCUAUGUCAUGGAUCACAAUUCCCCGGCCCAGGAAGACAAGCCCUUCUACAGCGAGAGACACAUGGCUACCCACCAGGUGCCCCAGUUCCGUGCGGAGAUUUCUCCCCCAGCAGACUCCGCUCCACUUUCAAUGCAUUUCCCCCAGCGGUCGGUCUCUCCGCCAAGUGGUACUCCUUCUCCACCAGCGGAGGCUACGGGCGCCUUUCGCCGAAACCAUCGGAAGAACGGAUCUUUCAAUCCUACAUUGAAAACUGGAAUUGACACUAUAAAGGCCAAUGUCGGCGCUGGACCUCGUUCGGCUGUUUUCCCUCCAACGCCUGCUACUGGCACCUUUGGACCUGGCCAGGCCCGUGCGGGGGAGCAUCCAGCUCGCCAGCCUCGUAAUCCGCCUUCUCUGGAGGAUCUUCUUGCUAAGCCAACAUCCAAGCAUGAGGGUAGCAAGAACUUUGCUACGCGCCAACGCCGACGUGCCGUCCACAAUCUGGUUCGUGCUGGAAUCGAGCGUCGCGCCGACUCUCGUAGCAAUGGAUACAACAGCAGCGGAGGCACGAACACUCCCGCUAGUGAGAAGGAGUUCACUUUCUCCGACGGCGACGAUGUCACUGUCCGCAGUGGAAGCCUCUCCAGCAAACCUAGCUUGGGAAGUCUCCGGGCUGCUGCCAGUGGUGCCAUUGGAUCCGAGCGCAAGGAGAAGUCCAGCCGCAGGUCUCCUGAUAGUCCCUAUCAGAGUGCCAGUCCUACCAGUGAGGAUGGAUAUUUCUCGGCCAGGCUGAAUGAGAUACGUUCGGAGCAAGCCUCCCAAGUCUCAUCGCCCUCUGGCGCCUCUUCUCCCUCUGUGGCGGCCGUGGUCGCGGGCCAGGGGCAGGUUGCUCAAGCACCCGAGCGUCGUAAGACACCUAUGCUUGUGCUGUCUAGCGCCGAAAAGCGCAAGACCCCCCUCAUGUAA